AUGGCGUCUGUGUCCUUGUGUCACGUGACCCAUGAGAUGAUGAGCAUGCUAUACGACACACGUGCUGUUGCUGGUGCUGCUGGUGAUGGUGCUAGUGGUAAUGGUGGUGCCGUUGGUGCUGGUACUGCUGGUGGUACUGCAGGUGCUGCUGGUGCUGCUGAUGUUACUGGUGCUGCUCGUGCUGCUGCUGCUGGUGGUGGCGCUAGUGGUGAUGGUGGUGCUGUUGGUGCUGGUGGUGCUAGUGCCGCAAUUGGUGCUGCUGGUGUAGCUGGUACUGCUGGUGCUGCUGCUGGUGGUACAGGUGUUUCAGGUGCUACUGCUGGUGAUGCUGGUGUUUCAGGUGCAGCUGCUGGUGGUGCUGGUGCUGCUAGUGCUGCUGGUGAUGCUGCCGGUCUUGCUGGUACUGCUGGUGCUACUGGUGCUGGUGGUAUUGGUGGUGGUGGUGCUGCUGCUGCUGGUGCUGCUAGUGGUGCCGCAGGUGUUGCUGGUGCUGCUAGUAAUGCUGCUGGUAUUUCUGGUGCUCCUGGUGCUACUGGUGCUGGUGGAAUUGGUGGUGGUGGUGGUGCUACUAAUGGUGCUGCUGGUACUGCUGAUGCUGCUGGUGCUACUGGUGCUGGUAGUGGUGGUGGUGGUGCUGCUGGUGGUGCUGCUGGUAUUGCUGAUGCUGCUGGUGCUACUGGUGCUGGUGUUAUUGGUGGUGGUGGUGGUGCUGCUGCUGGUGGAGGUGACGUUGGUGCUUGUAGUGUUGCAGGUGCUGCUGGUAGUGCUGCUGGUACUGCUGAUGCUGCUGGUGCUACUGGUGCUGGUGGUGGUGGUGGUGGUAGAGUGGAUAGUGUUGCAAAUUUUGUUGAAAAAUAUGUAUGUGCUCUGUUCUGCAAGUAA